AUUUCUUUUUCUUUUUCUUUUUCUUUUUCUUUUUCUUUUUCCUCCCAAUAAAUAAAAAACCCCCAAUUCCUCAUCAAACUCUCCUUCACUUUUCCUUCUUCGUUAAGAUUUAAGAACCCUAUUUCUCUCUCAAAUCUCAAUUCCCAAAUCUCAAUUCUGAAUUUCCAUUUCCCAGUUUUCAAUCUCCUUCCACUCACAUCAUACAUACACUCCGCACUCCCCCAAUUUCUUCUCACCGGAAAACAUGAGUUACUACAACCAGCAACAACCACCCGUCGGUGUUCCUCCUCCUCAAGGUUAUCCGCCUGAAGGAUACCCAAAGGACGCAUACCCGCCACCGGGUUACCCUGCGCAAGGGUACCCACAACAAGGUUACCCGCCACCAGGAGGAUACCCUCAACAAGGGUACCCUCCCCAACAGUACGCUCCUCAGUAUGCUCAGCCUCCUCCUCAGCAGCAAAAUCAGAGUAGUGUUGGUUGCAUGGAAGGAUGUUUGGCUGCUCUGUGCUGUUGCUGCUUGCUGGACGCCUGCUUUUGAUUGAACAUCAAACAUCAUAAUCAUACCUUGAAGAUUUGAUUUGAAUUGAAUGGGCGGAAGAUUACCGUGAUUAUUUUGAUACAAUCAUGUGGAAAAAAGAAAAAAAGAAAAGUUUGUUUAGUAUCAUAUGUAGUUAAUCGACUCCAUCCCCUCCCCCAGCCCCCUCUCGGAUCUUAAAUUGUUUUCCGUAAAUAAUCUGAAUGUUUGGCUAUGAGAAGUUUGUUCGGUCUGAUUGUAUGUCUUGAAUUUUAGCUAUUGAAAUUAUAGUUUUGCCAUGAGUUCA